AGACAUCAUACUGUAGCGUGGCGAGGGCGGACCUUGUGACGUAGAGCGGAGGCUCUGGCUGUUUAUUGUUCCUUCCCCAACACCGACAGAGAAAAACAGGCUAACAAGCUGUCAGCUAGCUUUUCAUACGGCUCACUGUGGGUUUAACGAAGGUGUAACGGUCGAGACAGCUGACUGCAGAAACCAGGGGCCAUGGCUUACGCGUACCUCUUCAAAUACAUCAUCAUCGGAGACACGGGUGUGGGGAAGUCAUGUCUAUUACUACAGUUCACAGACAAGAGGUUUCAACCGGUUCACGACCUCACUAUCGGUGUGGAGUUCGGAGCCAGGAUGAUCACUAUAGAUGGCAAACAGAUCAAACUGCAGAUCUGGGAUACGGCUGGUCAGGAGUCGUUCCGGUCCAUCACCAGGUCUUACUACAGAGGAGCAGCAGGAGCUCUGCUAGUCUAUGACAUCACAAGAAGGGACACCUUUAACCACUUGACGACCUGGUUAGAGGACGCUCGCCAACAUUCCAAUUCCAACAUGGUCAUCAUGCUCAUUGGUAACAAGAGUGACCUGGAGUCGAGGAGAGAGGUGAAGAAAGAGGAAGGUGAAGCAUUUGCAAGAGAACAUGGCCUCAUAUUCAUGGAGACUUCAGCCAAGACUGCCUCUAAUGUAGAGGAGGCUUUCAUCAACACAGCCAAGGAGAUCUAUGAGAAGAUCCAGGAGGGAGUGUUUGAUAUCAACAAUGAGGCUAACGGUAUUAAGAUCGGACCCCAGCAUCCUACCACCAACUCCACACUGCCCGGUAACCAGGGAGGCCAACAGGCUGGGGGGGGCUGCUGCUGAAGCCUCAACACACCUCCCCCUCCCCCCCCCCCCCCCCCCCCUUCGCCCUCUCCGACUCUCCCUUUGCGUUUCUACAGAACUGUCCAGGCUCACUAAACAGUUUGUUAACCUCUCUCUCUAUUGCUCUUUCAUCCCUCCCUCUCUCAACCCCCCCCUCCCUCCCCCCCCCACCCUUAGUCUCUUAACCAUACCUAAGGGUCUCAUGUGCAGCCUGACUCCCUGCAGGUUUAGCCUAAACAUGCUAAAGGUUUGCAGUUUUUUGGGGGGGUUAGUUAAACAGGUUUUUAUCUUUUUAUUUAAAAAGAACAUGCUGGAAUGUGAAGACUCGUGUUCCAGCGGUUUCAUUUGCACACUGCUCUUGAUUAGUGAGGAAGGUGCUGGGAUAUUGGAGAACCUCAGAAGGAUAGAAGGCUCAAGAAACGAGGAAGCUGUAGAGAUAAAACAUCUGACGGUAUGGAAUAAAACGUUGGCCAUGUUGUGUCUACACACACAUCUGUACAUGCUGCAGGAAGGUGACGCAGCACGCUGAGAGCAGGACAGGUCUCUACAUGCUGAGUCAGUGUGCUGUGCGGUGUGUGUAUAGGGGCGAUAUAGGUAUUCCAGUAUGUCAGUGUGUGAGGUGUAGGAGACAUUCAAGAGUCCCCCUGUAUCUUCUGUCCAUAAAAACAAAGUGCAAAUGAUCCUGAUAUUGUGUGUUUCCUUUCCCUGUUCUCCGUCGUAUCCUUUGACCUUCUGUCUCUGUGUCAGUUUUGUUGACUUGCUUUGUAUUUAAUGAACACUACAAACUGGUUGUGGCUUAAAAAAAAGUGUUUAAAUGUGUCUGGAGAGAGAAUAAAAGACCAAACUGUUGAGUGUGAACAUGGAUCCUUUUAGGAACGACGGAACGGCUAAAGAAGCGUUAAGUGGUCCUGAGAGCAGCGGACGCUAUAAUGAAGUUAUGAAGUAAAAAGAGGAAAGUAGAUUGGACUUUUUUUGGUAACUAUAUUUAUCGGGCACAUUAUUGUGUAUAUAUGGCUCUUUAGGUUUCUGUAGCUCUUUGGGCUGUUCGAGGUGAAGCUUGGCGUGUCGUUGUGGUCUAGUUAUUUCUUUACCAGGGCUGGAAACAAAAGACCUUGAAGCAGUUCUUAACAUUUUUAACAACUCUCAUUUAAAGCCGGAGGUGCCGCAGCACCCUGAAAUAUUAGGGUUGCUGCUGCCCUUUCUUUUGAAAGACAAGUGAGGGCUGUUAGCAGGGCUGGUAGAGGCAUUCAAAGUCCCUGGUGGAGAACAAACUCCAACUGAAAUGUCAUGCGUCUCCCUUUCAGCAGGCACAGAUUUCAUGUAUACUGUUUAGAGCUUGAUCGAUGACUGCUGCAAUGUUUGUUUUUUUUGCUUCGAGAUCCUCGAUGUAAUAGGCAUCAUUUAACCGUUAUGAUCAUAUUUGACUUCUUGAGUUACUAAUUGUUCAUCCUCCCAUCCCCACUCCUCUUCCUUCUUCUCUCGUUCUCAGACUGUGUGGUAGCUCUGUAUCGAUUUGAAAUGCCAAAUUAUUGUUUACCUGUGUUAGUCAGUAAAAAAGAUAUGAAAGAAUUGACUAAGCCGCUCUAAUCUGUCCUUAAAUCAGCUGCCUGCCUUAACUCCACCCCUUUGAGAGAUUUGGACAGCUGCUAGAAAUGAAUCAAACCUUUUUUCUGCAUUUUUUUCCACUAACUAGCUAGUUGACGAUGCGUUACUCAUGCGAAGAUGCACACUUAGAGAUAUGUUCCUUCAUAGCAACAACAGUUUGACUUUUGGCAUUUGAAAUUUAUCCAAACCCACGUGUUAACAUUUUCUUCCCGUCCCCUCCAUGAGCACACAGACACCCAGCCUGCAUACAGCAUGUGUGCAUACGCAGACCUUGCAUACACAUGUUUCUGUUCAUCUCCUAGCUGUUCUGCUAUCUAUAACCGUAGGGUGACAGCAGUGUGAGUGAAAUGGUUUCCCUCAGCAGCGUGUCCUUUGUUUUUUUUAAUUCCUAGAUAUAUUCAGAGGGUUAUUAAUCUUAUUCUGAUGAUUCUUUGUAAAGCAAAAGUGUGUGUGUGUGUGUGUGUGUGUGUGUGUGUGUGUGUGUGUGUGUGUGUGUGUGUGUGUGUGUGUGUGUGUGUGUGUGUGUGUGUGUGUGUGUGUGUGUGUGUGUGUGUGUGUGUGUGUGUGUGUGUGUGUGUGUGUGUGUGUGUGUGUGUGUGUGUGUGUGUGUGUGUGUGUGUGUGUGUGUGUGUGUGUGUGUGUGUGUGUGUGUGUGUGUGUGUGUGUGUGUGUGUGUGUGUGUGUCCGCCCCGAGGGGUUACAGGGGGAGGAUCAAGCCAAACCUGAUGCAUCUAUCUCUAUCUAAUCUAUCUAUGGAUUGAUCUAGCUAUCUUAUCUAUGUGGCCCUCCUCCCCUUGCUCUUCCUGCCUUUCUCCCCCCCCUCCCCUCCCCCCUCAACGUUAUUUGCUGUGUUUGUUCUUUGGAAAAAUAAAACUUAAAAAAAAGAAAAAAUGAAAAUGCUAUCACAACAAACUAUAAUAAAACAUUCUAAACUCUCAA